GUGAACUUACUCAAGAAACACAAAGAUUAGUGGCUGAAUUGCAACAAAAUGAGGCACAAGAUGAAGUACAAGAAAUUGAAGACAUAAUCAGCAGCCUUAGGGCUGAAGAACGAAGGGCUAUAGCACGUGGAGCAGGAGCUGGAUUUGGACAAGGAGCAGGAGGUGAAUAUGGACGAGGAGCAGGAGGUGGACAAAGAGGGCCGAAUGAAUUGUAUAAUUACCAAUUCCUCUCUCAAAGCCAGGAAUUUGACUUAGGGGCAGAUGGUGGCGGCGUAGGAGCAGGAGCUGGUGUUGGCACAGGAGCAGGAUUUGGUGCUGGAGCAGGACUUGGUGCAGGAGUAGGCCUUGGUGCUGAAGCAGGUCUUGGUGCUGGAGCUGGACUUGGUGCUGGAGCUGGUCUUGGUCCUGGCGUAGGGGCAGGAGUUGGUGCUAGCGAAGGAACAGGUGCUGGGGCAGGAGUUGGAGCUGGCAUAGGUGCAGGAGUUGGUGCUAGCGUAAGAGCAGGUGCUGGAGCAGGAGCAGGAGAGGGUACUGGCUUAGGAGCAGGUUAUCCCCUUUACCAAAUCCUCGCUCAAAGGCAAGCAUAUAUACAAAGCAUUGAAGCAGGUCUUGGCUUAGGAGGAGGUUUUGGUACUGGCGCAGGAGGGGGUGCUGGAGUAGGUAUUGGUACUGGCGUAGGAGCAGGUGUUGGUGCUGGAGCAGGGGCUGGUGCUGGAGCAGGUUUUGGCGCUGGAGCAGGAUUUGGUGUUGGGGCGGGAGUUGGCGUAGGAGCAGGUGCUGGUGCUGGAGUAGUACUCGGUGCUGGAGCAGGACUUGGUGCUGAAGCAGGUAUUGGUGCUGGAGUAGAAGCAGGUCUAGGUGCUGGAGCAGGACUCGGUGCUGGAGCAGGACUUGGAGCUGGAGCAGGACUUUGUGCUGGGGCAGGUCUUGGCGCUAGCUUAGGAGCAAGUGUUGGUACUGCAGCAGGUCUUGGGGCUGAGCAGGACUCGGUGCUGGAGCAGGACUUGGAGCCGCAGCGGGUCUUGAUGCUGGAGCUCAUUUUUCCAAUACCUUGCUCGACGCCUGGGAUAUAAAUUAGGAGGUUUUCGUGCCGGCUUAGGAGGCGGAGCUGGUGCUGGAGUAGUAGCAGGUGUUGGUGCCGGAGCAGGAGUUGGCGCUGGAGCAGGCCUGGGUGCUGGAGCAGGUCUUGGUGCUGGAGCA